AUGGACGGACGAAAGCUUGUGCUUGUGACAGGCGCCAACACCGGUCUCGGGUUCCAAAUUGUCAAGGCCAUUUGCAGCUCCGAUACAGAAUACGAAGUAUUGGUCGGAGGUAGAUCUAUCCAAAAGGCUGAGCAGGCCAUCACGAGCCUCAAGGAACAGUUUCCCUCCAGCCAUCUUCAUGCUAUUCAAGUUGACAUUGAAGAUGAUGCAUCCAUUGUCGCUGCAUUUGAACAUGUGAAGACCAAGUAUGGAAAACUCGAUGCUCUCAUAAAUAACGCAGGUGCCCAAUUAGACCAACAACUGGCCGCUGGCAAGAUGUCAGCAAGAGAGAUGUGGAACAAAACCUAUGAUGUCAACGUCACCGGGACCCAUCUCUUGACUUGGACUUUCGCCCCGUUGCUCCUCGAAUCCAGCGAUCCCCGCCUUAUGUUCAUCGCUAGCGGUACAUCUUCUCUUACCACGUCUGAAGAUCCAGACUUCCCUGUCAAUAGGCAGCCCAGCAAAGGGUGGCCCAAGACCCUAACUAACUUGGAUUUGCCCGCGUACCGAAGCAGCAAGACUGGAAUGAACAUGAUGAUGAGGGAGUGGUUCAGGAUUCUUGGUCAGGACGGCGUUAAAGUAUGGGCCAUUAGUCCUGGAUACCUGGCAACCGGCCUUGGCCUUGGCCAAGAGACGAACAAAGCACAAGGCGCGAUUGAUCCUGCGAUUGGGGCUGCGGUUGUCAAGGAUGUUCUGAUUGGGGUGAGGGAUAAAGAUGUCGGCAAAGUCGUAUCAAAGCAAGGCAUUCAGCCUUGGUAG